ACCGAUAAGAUGGCGGCUCGGGAAGCGACUGGGCACAGCUUCCUGGUGACGUGCUGGCAGCCCAUUCUGAUCCUGAUGCUGAGCACCGUGCUGUCCGCCUCUUCUACCGGCUGUCCGUCCCGCUGUGAGUGCAACGUGCCAGAGCGCUCUGUGAUGUGCCACCGCAAGAAGCUCAUGACGGUUCCUGAGGGAAUCCCAGCAGAAACACGUCUGCUGGACCUCAGCAAGAACCGCAUAAGAACCAUCAACCCGGACGAGUUUGCCAACUUCGCCAACCUGGAGCAGCUGGAGCUCAGCGAGAACACGAUCUCUACGAUCGAACCCGGCGCAUUUAACAACCUUUUCGGGUUACGGACAUUAGGGCUCCGUAGCAACAAGCUAAAGCUGAUCCAGCUCGGGGUCUUCACGGGCCUGAGUAACCUAACUCAGCUAGACAUAAGUGAGAACAAGAUCGUCAUCUUGCUGGACUAUAUGUUCCAGGAUUUGUACAACCUGCGCUCUUUAGAGGUGGGCGACAACGAUCUGGUUUUUAUCUCCCACCGGGCUUUUCACGGCCUGAGUAGCCUUGAGCAUUUGAGUCUUGAGAAGUGCAACCUGUCCUCUGUGCCUACAGAGGCCUUCACCCACCUGCACAGUCUGAUCACGCUCAAGUUGCGCCACCUCAACAUCAACGUCAUAAGGGAUUACUCCUUUAAACGCCUCUUUAGGCUAAAAGUGCUGGAGAUCGCAAAUUGGCCAUAUUUGGAUACAAUGACCCCAAAUUGCUUGUACGGAUUAAACCUUACCUCCCUGACCAUUGCAAAUGCUAACCUUACCACCAUUCCUUACGUCGCCCUAAGGCACUUGGUCUACUUACGCUUUCUUAAUCUCUCCUACAACCCAAUCCAUACUAUUGAUGGAAAUAAGCUCCACGAUCUGCUCCGUCUUCAGGAGUUUCACAUAGUUGGAGGGCGACUGGCCAUGAUCGAGCCCUACUCUUUCCGGGGUCUCAACUACCUGAAGAUUCUCAACGUGUCUGGGAAUUCACUGACCACUUUAGAGGAGUCUGCGUUCCAUUCGGUUGGCAACUUGGAAACUCUAGCCUUGUACGACAAUCCCCUGGCUUGCGACUGCCGCAUGUUGUGGGUAUUCCGGCGACGCUGGAGACUCAACUUCAACCGGCAGCAGCCUACCUGCGCCUCUCCUGAAUUCGUCCAAGGCAAAGAGUUUAAGGACUUCCCAGAUGUCCUGCAGCCCAACUACUUCACCUGUCGUAAAUCCAGGAUUAGGGAUCGCAAACCGCAACAGCAGUUUGUCGACGAAGGAGCCAUCGUUCACUUCACCUGCGAGGCGGACGGCGAUCCGGCUCCUGUGAUCAUGUGGCUCUCCCCGCAAAAGAAGUUCAUCACCACCAAAACAAUCGGAAGGAUCUCUGUGUUGCCAGAUGGUACCCUGGAGGUCCGUUACGCUCAGAUUCAGGACAAUGGAACAUAUGUGUGUAUAGCUAUCAACGCAGGUGGGAAUGACACCUCUCAGGCUCACCUGCACAUUCACAGCUAUUCGCCCGAUUGGCCAGUCCAACCCAACAAGACUUUUGCUUUCAUUUCCAACCAACCAGCAGAGACUGGCGCUAACGACACGCGAGCCAACGUCCCUUUCCCCUUCGAUAUAAAGACAUUGAUCAUCGCGACCACGAUGGGCUUCAUUUCCUUUCUGGGCGUUGUCUUGUUCUGCCUGGUGCUGCUCUUCCUUUGGAGCAGAGGCAAAGGGAACACAAAGCACAACAUCGAGAUCGAGUACGUGCCGCGCAAAUCGGACGCUGGCAUGAGCAGCAGCACGGUGGACGCUCCUCGCAAGUUUAACAUGAAAAUGAUUUAA